CACGUGCGUCUAGUUACCUACUUAUAGCUACGAAUGUGAAAUCGAAUAUGAUAUGGAUUAAUCGUUUCAGCAUUUUGUAUUGUAUAUUGUAUGAGGUUGGUACAUGCAAGUUGUUCACUUGUUACGUCUUGUUGCAGUGCAGUGAGUGUUGACUCGGGGGUAAUUUUACUUCAAGUUUGAUUUAAUUAUUAGCUUUAAAGUUUGAAUUGAAAUUGACGUGGACCUUUUUUGAGUUUGUGUUUUUGUUGCUGCUGUUAUAAAUUAUAAUACUUAAAUUCCAACAGUCAACCGAAAUGGAUCCGGAUAAACUUGAAGAUAAACCUUUUCCUAUUUGGUUACUUUGGGGACAUUUGGCUACUAUCGCGGUUAAAAACCUGAUGACGCAUGUAUUUCAUUGGCUCAAUACUCCGGAUAUUGCCCACUUCGUAGGUGCUGAUACUAUGUUAGUCUAUUAUAUAAUUAUGGGAUUCGAUUUCGUACAAUUUGUGAUCUUUUUGGUCGCUGUUAUGUGGGUUAAAAAAAUUCGGGCAAAGCUUCCCAGUUCCUUGUUAAUAAUUUGUGAGAUAUGUAUAUUCUUGGACAUAUUACUCACGAUUCGUACGGCUUAUGAACUAAAUUUUAGCGAGACAGAAAUUGAAGAAUCGCGUGAAGACGAAACGACUUAUGAACUAAAUUUUAGCGAGACAGAAAUUGAAGAAUCGCGUGAAGACAAAACGACUUAUGAACUAAAUUUUAGCGAGACAGAAAUUGAAAUAUCGCGUAAAGACAAAUACAAGCUGAGUCGUUUGUGCUUCACGAAGAUAGGUAUGUAUACAUAUAAUGUCCGGAUUAUUAAUUUAUUGCUGCAAUGGAGAACUACCAGCCACUCAGCGAGACGUCCAUUGUGAAGAAGGGGAUGUAUCAGCACUUGCUUUGAAUGAUGUCUUCUUGACUCGCACCCAUCCUCUAUAUCCUGUUCAACCUGAAGGGAAUAUAUCUGCAGCUGCACCUACUUUAAAUGCUCCUCAGUCCGCUGUUAUCCAUCCACAAUAUCCUGUUCAGCCUAAAAGGAAUUCUGGGACCAUCUUCCGGAUCUGGUAUCCCUUCGUAUAGUCACAAUAGUUGAAUUCAAAUGAUUCGUCAUUCUUCAGGAGUAGGUAAAUAUAUGUACAUAGGUGUCUGGUUUUGUAAUAAUUGUGGUUGAAUCUUUACGCAGAUAGGUAUUGUUUGGUUAAAUUACUAUUCUCGAUCAUAAAAAUGUGAUUUUCGAGCUUUUUAGCAGUUGAAUCUCUACAAAUGUAAUGUUUAUUUUGAUUUUUGUUGUUAAUGUCGUAGGUAUAGUAUGCAGAAGAUAUUUUACAUUUUUUUUUUCGUGUAAGUGCCUGCAUUCUCAAUUAAUGCAAUCUAUAAUUUAUUACGUGUUGUUUCAUUGUAGGUCAUUUUUGUUAUACAUUUUUCAAUACCCAGGUAGUUGUAUUUUCAAGAAAUGUGCUUUUCUGAUUCGUUUUUAUCGUCUCAUAAUAUAACUUAUAAACAAUUUUCAUUUUU